GCAUAAUUACCUACACAUUAUCAGUUCCUAAUUCAUUUCGUAUUUGCACCUGCAGUAUUAAAGUAAAGUUGUUGUGCGUUUCUUUAAAAGGUAAGAUUCUUUAUUACUAUAAUGAUCGGUUUUUUAAUUUGACUCGAUUACGUCAGGUAAACCUGCUUACAAUGUCGAAAUAUCCUUCAAACAUCUUCGAAAUUCGACCUAAGGAUAAUGCCUUCACUGCUGAACAAAACACCGCAAAAAUAAUACCAGUAAUUCAUAGAAACUACUAUGUUUUUAACGUUGGUCGGGUCCCCGUACGAGCUGAGGUGCAUGUCGGUACUUCCUUGGGUUGGUAUGGCAAAGCAGCUGGGCCGGUGGAAGUGCUACCAGGUGAAGAGGCGAUUUUAGACAUGAGCACCAAAAAUUAUGUUGCUAGCGCUGUGAAAGUCUACAACGAUUAUUCACUGAGAGCUUUGGUGCACGUUGGUAAGGAUGACGCCUCAGAUUGGAGCGGAAAACCCAAAGCUCCGCUCAAGGUAGACAUCAACGAAGUCGGAAAGACGCUGGUGAAAUUUUCUCCGGGAAACAUACCACCCGUCGGCGAUAAAUUGGAUCCUCUAAUGGAUUUCUUUUUCCCCCAAAGGGAAAUCGUUUGGGGCAUAGUCUUUGACGACGCCGUGCAGUUUCCAUCGAAAGUUAAAAUGGAUAUAAGACAACUGAGAACGAAGUUGAUUAAUUUAAACGCUCUAUUGGAAACCACUGGUGUGAACGUCUCCUUUCAAUUUAUGCAAUUGAUGGAAGAAUUGACCGGCUUCGAGAAAAAAUUCGUCACCGGCAAAGAAGCAGAUCGCACUAACUACGCCAAUUAUAUUUCCCUGCCGUAUUAUUCCUGCAUGGUUAGCUUGAAGAUGUGCCUGUACCAGUUCGGUAUAACGAACAAGAACAAACUGAACCUAAUGGACGAGCAAGUUCGUCGAUUGUUGCUGUUAUCCAAAGAACUAAUCGAAGAUAAAAACGAUGGCGCAGUUACGUACAUAAACGAACUAACCAAGUUUAUAAUCAACGAUCAAUACAAAACGUGUGAUCCACAACAAGUUUUUGAUGCUUUAGCAACGACUCGUACUUACUGUGGGCUAGCAGGAACAGGGUUUAUACCUUACUGGAAAGGAAUCCUCAAAAACCCCUUCUGGAAGAAGAAAGCUUACAACGAUGUCGUCGUAUUUUCUACUUACUUCGGUCGACCGAGCCCUCUACUGUACAGGCAAUUGGCCGAAGAAAAUGUACCAGAACCACUGUUGCCGCAACUCGUUGGUGAAACCAGAAACAAACUCCAGGCCAUCGACGUGUGGUUCUGGAGGCAAAACUACAAAUCACCACCGAAGAUAGGCGGGCUCUCCAUUCGCUUCUCCAACGGUAAUGUGAAGAACACUGGCGGUUUUACUAACGAAGGCAGAAGCUUCGUUUUCGGCGAUGUUCUGCUCGUCUCGUUGAAAGUUUGGGGCGAUGGUUGCAUCAACGGGCUCGAAUUUACCUCAUCGGAUGGCAGAAAGCAGAAAUGCGGGUGCGCACUGGGAAUGUUCGAGCGGGAAGCGGCGCCGUUCCCACCUCUGCCGCUGCCGCUGCCGCUGCCCCCGAAAGUGGUCGAUAGACGGUCGCAUCGAGUGGUUGCGCAGAGCGCCGGCUAG